UCUGGAUUGUGAUUCGUGGAUUGUAAAUUGUAAUGGUUAGCAGACAUUUUGUUUUACGAAGGCAACGCAAGCAAAUAUUUAUUAUAGACAGUGCAAAAAAUGCCAUUAAAUGCAAUUGGAUGGACAUCCGAAGAAAAUAUUGCUCUCAUUGAAUUGGUGAAGCCUCAUACUUUUCUCUACAAUCUUCUUGACCCGUCACGUAAAAAUAUUUUGGCUCGAGUAUCAACUUGGCAAGAAAUAGCUCAAGCAUUAUUAAAACCAGUUGAAGAGUGCAAAAAGCGGUGGCGCGGUCUUCGAGAUAGCUAUAUGAGGUGUAAACGUUUGGGUACAAUGCAUAAAACAAAAACAAAUAUAAAUGAAAAACUGCAAUUCCUUGAUUCAUUGCCAAUUGAUGGGACUCCUAGUGAUUCCGAGGGGAGAUUUGAGGAAGUGAACAUUGAUGACAUAAAUGAUGCAUCAGAGAUAUGUACGGAACAGCAAGUUAUUACAGACAAUCAAGAAUAUUAUGAGAUCACACUUGUGGAUGGGCCGAAACAUGAAGAUUCUAAAAAUUUAAUUAAAAUUCUUCCAAAAACAGAAAUGAAAUUCCAACAAAUAUUGAAUUCAGAGGAGCCUCCUCGAAAAAUAGGAAGAAAGAAUUCUGGUAGAAAAAAAUCUAUGCCAAUGCCUAGAAACUUAACACCUGUUAAAAUUUUACCAAAACCAAUAAUAACAAGCCAGCCUAAAUUAGUAAGAUAUAUUGAAGAACCAAAAACACCAGAACAGAGAUCUCAAGUUAUAGAUAAGCUUAUAGAGAAAAUUUUCAAAGAAAAUACAAAUGAAAUUGAUGUAUUCUUUAAGAGUAUGGCAGCUAGUGUUAAAAAAUUACAACCAAAUUUAAUACCUAAGGUUAAGAUGGAAGUGUGCAAUGUGAUAGCUAAGUAUGAAAUGCAAAGUUUUGAAAAAAAUGUGCAGAACAAUUGACAACAAUAUGUGUAUGUACAUAAAAUGUUAAAACUGUGACUAUUUUAAUAUGUUUAUUAUAAAAGUGAGAUUUAGAAAUGAUACUUAGUGUCUGAAAUAGUGAAACUGACCUACUAUAUGUCAAAAAUUUAUUGGAUUCUGACAUGAGAGCAAUCCUUUGCACUUAGUCUCAUUUCUGAAUCUCACCUUUAUCUCUUGGUGUUAAUCCAAGAGUUAAAGGUCUAUCAAUAUUAAAUAGAGUAAUGCCAAACAUACACCAUGAACUAAACUAAAAUGGCCUUAUUAUGUAAUAUAAACUAAUAUAUUACUAUGCCUGUUGUCAUAGUCAUGUCAUUUCAGUUGAUAAAUCUUUAUUCUUAUGGUUUAUAUAAAAUUUACAUAGUUUAAGUUCAUUCUAAAUCUGAGAAAAGUACAGAGUCAAGACUUAACGCUAAGCAAUCAUACUCAUACUCAGCACUAAGUCUCGACUCUAAAGCUUGUCCUAAUGGUUGACUCGACCUUUAAGUUUGAAAGCUAGUAUGUAGUUGGUAGCUAUACUGGCUUAGCUAAAUAAGGUUAGGUGUAUCAAAGGUAGGUUUUCAGAUUCAGAGUUGGCUUUAAAGUAAAUACUGAUAUGAUUUUGGAAGUCACUAGUUUUGAUAUAUAUUGUAUAUAAUAUUAUGGUCAGUCCUUGGAGGUUACCUAUAAAAUAAAUUGUUAGAUAUUUUUGCUUAGGUUAUUUUUACCAAAAACAGGCCUUGAUAAUUUUUGUAAAUAUUAAAAUGUUUAUUGUAUUAAUGUUAAUAGAGAUCCAUUUAUUGUUAAAAUUAUAGUUGUAGCAUUCUGCAACUAUGACUUAUAUAUGUUAGUAAAAUGGCUAGAAAAAUAAAGUUAAACUGAAUUUUGAUA